AGUAUACAAAUGCAAUACCAUUUAAGAGCCCAUACAGUUUCAACAACGAUACACAGAAUUCUAAAGAAAUAAAAUUUCUUUUAGAAUUAGAAAUUUCAAAAAUUCAGUUUAGUCAUCAUGCCCUUUUCAGUCGACAACAUGUUUUAGACAAGCAACUGCUACAACUAUAUUAUAAGUAUAGGUGUCGUCAAGAUAUUGCAAGAACAAAAAUGUUGUCUGGAAGAUUGGAGGCAUUACGUAAUGCCAAAGAUACUUUGAAUAAAGUCAUGUCAGAAGAAAACAAUAAAGAUUUACUAGAGAUCCAUGGAAAUCGUUUACAAAGAUAUAAAAUAGAAAUUAAAGAAACUCGAGCUCAGAGAUUACUGGAAGGUAAAUCAGACCGAUCUUUAGUAUCCAAUAUUUUGGAAACCUGGAGGAACUUGAAAAAAUUGAGAGAAAGGCAAGGUUAUAUUGUUACUAGUACAAAGUUGGAAAUAAUAGUUGAUGAUCAUGAUAAUACUGAGGAAUGGGAAACAGAGUUUAACAGGUUAGUAGCAGAGACUCUUGAAGAAAUGGGAGAGAAAAAUAUUGAAACCAAUAUUCCUAAAGUCCGAGAACAGGUAUUUAGUAUCCUCUCAGAUUCAUUGAGAUCGCCAGGAGAGCCAAUUAUUACAUUUAUUAUGUCUAAGAUUGAACCCACCCCUGAAGAUUCUAUUACUGCAAAAGAUGAGCUUCAACGAAGGUUAGCAUUGUCAAAACAUUCUAUUUGGUUUGAUGUGAUAUUCAAUGGUCAUAUAGUGUGUGAAUCUACUUCCUUGCCAAUCAAUGACAGUUUUUCUAUGGAUGUUAAUCAGAAAUUUGUUGUUGAAAUUCAUCAGUGGCCUGAUACAUUAUCAUUAAACAUACAUUGUGAAAAUCUAAGUUCAAAGAAUAUGUUUACAAAAAAUCCCAUAGCAGAACUUUACAUACCUUUUCCAUUGAGCAAUACUACAUUAAAUGAGGUUGACAUAGAAAACUUGGAGUUCAGUUGUUUUGGCAAUCAGACCUUACAAAAUGCCGGUGUUGGAAGUGGUGUGGAUUUUAAGAUAUUUCCAGAAGAUACGGAAAAUCAAUGUUUGUACACAUCUGGUGAAGUUUUAUGCAAGGCUGGUUGGGGUACAUUUGGUGAUAAAAUUUUAUGCCCCCCUGAACAUUACUUCAACAGAAUAUAUUCACAAAAUAAUAAUGUAUUGUCAACUAAAACAGAGAAGAUUUUGAGUCGGAUGAAUGAUAUGCAUCCAGAUCCUAAUGAUCCAAACAAUGUAUCAUUUUUUGAGGCUUUAAAAAGUGUUGAUGAAGAAAUGGUUUUUAAAUUGAAGUCAAAAUUUAGUGUUAAUAUUUAUAAAAAAAUGUUGGAAUUUUGUUCAGAAGAAGAAUUAGAUUCUAACCCUAGACUAAAAUUAUUAAAAUUACGUGAUCGUGGAGAAAUAGAAUUUAGAAUGGCCAAAUCAGUKCCAUUAAAAGAAUGGCUUAUACCAAAAGACAUAUUUAAUGAAUUUGAAAAUCGUGUGUCAACAUCUGAGCUUGCAUUAGAGGUUGCUGGCCUUGGGCCUUUGGAAACUAGUAGAAUCUGGGGACGGUAUUCAGUUAUCAAACUCUAUGACAARAUCCUCAAACAAUGCAAGCUUUGUAACAGAAAUAAAAUAACUAGUGACAUCAUUGUUGAAGACACUGUACCUGACAUUGGAACCUUAGGUUUGACAUUUAUGAAAAUGUUCCAGCCAAAACGACCAUUACGUCCUAAAAGAAAAGAAAGAAAGAAAAUACCAGCUAAGAGUCUUUCAGGACAAGAAAUUAAAGUUGUUAUUAAUGUCAUGAGAGCUUUUGAGGUACCUGUGAGAAAAAACUCUGAUAUGAUGAUGGGGGACAUAGCAAUGGUUCCGGUACAACCUUUUAUUGAAAUAUCCUUCAAGAAUCAAACAAGUCGAACAACUACCGCUGAAGGCUCUAAUCCAACAUGGAACCAAGAUUUACAAUUGAUUGUUAGAUCAAAUUCAGUUGAUUUAUGUCCAAAUGAAGUUCAAUCGAUUGAUGACUGCAUUCACAUAAAUAUGUAUGACGAAAUAGUUAUUGAUAUAUUAGAAGAUGGUAGAACCCGAGAAACAAAUAUUCAUCAACGUUUGGAGAGAAAUUGGUUAGGAAGCUGCGUUAUACCCAUAUCAGCAUUAUUCAAUAGCUCUCAAUUUGAGGGAGUAUUUCAAAUGAACACACCCAGACACCUUUUGGGAUAUGAAAGACUUGUGUCAAAUUCCGAAAGCUCUCAUUAUAGGAACUCAACUUUUUUGAGCUUAUUCAUUAUGGUUCAACCGCCACUCCAUCAUCCUGAACCUAUCAAGGAGAGAUUAGACUGCAGCGAAUCGUUCAACUUUGAAAGAUAUUUAGAGUAUUGGUCUGCAGAAGGAGCAAAACAGUUUCCCGGAAGGCCCGUGAAAACCUUGGUGAUACACUGCAGCGGUAAAUCUGUUUGUGUGACCAGAUUUUUUAGGCCAUUACCACUCCCUGUAAUUUCUGAUGAUGUAUUUAACACCACUGCUGAAAUGGUCGCCAGAUUCGUAUCGCUCAUACCGGUGGUAAACAGCAACGUUUUGCUCAUCGGACGAUUUGAUGUCUGGUUGACCGGAGACCAAUUGUUGGGCUUACUCUUCGGAGGGGGUUCCGGUGUCGAUCAUGGUCUUUUGCUAUGCUGUUACUUCGCCAAGCUAAACAUCCGGUCUUGGUUGCUGUUGGGCACUGGCGUGUCCCGGGGUGAGGCCGCUUACGUGCUGACAUCAUGCACCGUGCCUGACCAACCAGCCGGCACCCCCGUGUAUAACGUCUGGGACCCGCUCACCGGCCGAAAGUACUCUACAUGUGACAGCUUUUCGCCCGUACAGGAAGUAUAUUGUCUGAUAAAUGCCGAAAAUAUAUGGCUAAAUGUUCAGUACGAGAAAUCGGUACCCAGGACCCGGUGGGAUGUAACGCAGACCAGGGACUGGAACCCGGCUUUCGGCCGGUAUCAGGCGGCGCCCACCGUGGCGGGUUCCGUGCAGCCGGACACGGUGGACUACACGCCGGCAGCUAUCGCAGAUGCCCGUCUUCUUCAGGAAAAGCUGGAGACGACGCUGCGAAACGCGCUGAUGAAGUGGCGGGUCAAGUCUAAGACCGUYUGGAAUAGAUAUUGCAUAUCAGUUCUGCGAAAAAUCCUUCCAAACUUGGAGCGAGAGACAUGGAAUGGUGGAUCCAUGAACGUCACCACUGCGGAGAACGGUUACCUGGCUGAGUUGCAACAUUUGCUCGUCUCUCACAAGAUGUGUGGUUUUCCCAUCAACAGACCGUACAGCAACACCGAAGUUUUGAUUGACGCCAUACAGUCGACGGGCAUGCACCUAAAUGAAAAUCCCUUGGUUGAGUUCGCGCUUGCCGUUUACGUGCAUCCGUACCCAAAUCAAGUAUUGUCGGUUUGGAUUUACCUGGCGUCUCUGCAACCCAGGCGUUGAUCGUACAUGGCAAUACACACAAUUUUAAAAUCAUUAUCAUAAUAUAUAAAUAUAAUAUGAUAUAAGAUCAAUUUUAAAUAAUCGAAUAAUCAUGUUAUACGUUCAGUGCUAAAAUUUAGAAAUACAAUUAUAAUAUUAUCCUAGGGCCUCACUAAUCCCCUGAAAGAAGGGCAAGAUUCCCCAUUGGUACUUACCAAUCUAUUUUGAGGCUUUGUCCCCGUUAUCAUGUCUCCCCCUGUUUCACAUUGAAAUUUAAUAUCUGAAAUAUCUUAAAACGAAAUAUGUGGGAGAUAAAUUACCUUGGUACACAACACUUUUUAAAUAGUAAUGAUGAAUUUAAGUGUUUAAUAAUUAUUGAUAAUUUGUUCAUCUUUUGGCUGUUAUGACAAUUAUGUUAUGUGAAAGAUAAAAAUUACAAUUUUUUUUUAACUAAAUAGAAUAAUAUAACACACUUUUUUGUCAAAAAUAUUGUUUUUAUUUUAUUGACUUUAUUAUAAGUAUAAACAAGUAAUAACGAUAAGUAAACUCGUAUAAGGUUGACACUUGACAACAGAACACUCAGCGUGUAUACCUCAGUUUCGUCAACCAAAAUUAUUAUCGUAUCAUCACAAAACGAAAAGGCUAUAUUAUAGUAUUCAUCCAAAUCAAUAAUAUAAUAAAUAAGUAAUGAUUUUUAGGUGUAUUAUUCCGGUUACGAGGGAAAAUUUACUUUGGUAUGUCUUAGGGGUAAGAAAUUAAUCUUUUUUUUUUGCGCACAAUGAUGAUGGUUCUGUUUCUGCGAAAGAUAAAAAAAACUUGGCUUUGUCUCUCGUAUCAUCACGUUCGAUUCUAUUUGACUAUAAUAUAAUAAUAAGUAUUAAAAUAUCCGUAUAUUUAUCUUCUACUAUAGGUUAUUAAUUUAGCGAUAUCAGUGUGAAAUUUUGAAUUAUGUACCAUGAAGCAUGAUUGCAUGAUAUCAAUCACUAUAUAUGUAUAGUGAACAAAUCUGUAAAAAGCUCUAUUAUAUAUGGUAUUUGGAGGGGAAAACUGAUCUGAUUAAAAACAUAAACUGUAAGAUUCGCGCUGACGUUUGCAUGAUUAUUUUAAAUAAUAUAAUUUAUUAUAAAUUCAUUCAUUCACGGACAUUCAUAAAAUAAUCUUCAAUAAGGUGUGUAAUGAUAUGAUGUAUCUACGGCAUGAUCCAAUUGAUGAAAGAAAUUUAUUAUUUCAAAAAACGCUAAMAUUUUCUUUUUAAUAAAUUAUAAACCCGUUAGUAUCACAAAUCUCAUCCAUAGGCUCAAAAGAAAAUAUUGCAGAGAUUUGUUAAUCUAAAAUAAAUUCACGUUGGGUUCCAUCACUGGUUGGCCUCCCUCUUCAUACCAUUCUAGUUAAACAUGUAYAUAAAUUAUCCAAUUUACUUAUUGUGAUGUUAAA